UGUUGUGCCUCCUCACCAUUCAGUCUGGGCCUGCUUCAUACAUCCAACAGCUCGCAUCAGGCGCUACUCAGAGGCGAUGACACUGCCGGACUCUUUCAUCCAACGCCAGCAGCUGGAUGCCAGCAUGGCUGACACCUUCCUGGAGCAUCUCUGUCUGCUGGACAUCGACCAGGAGCCAAUCACAGCACGCAACACCAGUAUAAUCUGCACCAUUGGUCCUGCAUCCCGAUCAGUCCCCAAACUUCAAGAGAUGGUCAAGGCAGGAAUGAAUAUUGCUCGUCUAAAUUUCUCACAUGGCUCACAUGAAUACCACUGCGAAACCAUCAAAAACAUCAGAGAGGCAGUGGAGACGGUAACCCCUGACCCCUUGUAUUAUCGUCCGGUUGCCAUUGCCUUGGAUACAAAGGGUCCGGAGAUCCGCACUGGAUUAGUGAAAGGGAGUCUGCCGGACUCCCUUCUCCACCCUACGGAAGUGCAGCCUCUUCCAGAGACUCUGCUGCUGCUGACGCCCCCACUCCAGAUCACUGAGGAAAACCUGCACAGAGGAGAACUGGGCGUCCACCAGAGCCAGAGCAGCAUUGUCUCCGAUGUUGUUAUAGGCCACGUUGAGCUCCUGGAGACUCGCGUGCUGCUGGAGCUUCUCAGCCAGCUCCAGGGCCCCCUGAUCCCCCAGCCCAGUGUGCAUCAGGGACAGAUGUGUCAGGGACUGGUUCUCUGGCAGCAUUUCCAGCAAGCAGCGGUGUGCAGAAUCCAAUCAGAAUCAGAUAAAGACCUGGACAAGGCACAUUUUGAGGAGAUCCUGGCUGAGAGCGAUGGCGUGAUGGUUGCCAGGGGCGACCUGGGGAUCGAGAUCCCGGCAGAGAAAGUCUUCAUCGCCCAGAAGAUGAUGAUUGGACGCUGCAACUCUGCCGGCAAGCCCGUUAUCUGUGCCACACAGAUGCUGGAAAGCAUGGUGGCCCACCCACGACCAACCAGAGCAGAGGGCAGUGACGUCGCCAACGCCGUACUGGAUGGAGCCGACUGUGUAAUGUUAUCUGGGGAGACCGCCAAGGGACUGUUUCCUGUGGAAGCAGUCGCAAUGAUGCACUCGAUCUGCAGGGAGGCAGAGGCGGCCAUUUUCCACCAGCAGCUGUUUGAGGAGUUGCGUCGCCUCACUCCUCUCUCCUCUGACCCCACAGAGGUCACAGCCAUUGGAGCUGUAGAGUCCUCCUUCAAAUGCUGUGCUGGGGCCAUCAUAGUCCUCACCACCAGUGGCAGGGCGGCACAUCUCCUGUCCAGGUACCGCCCUCGCUGUCCUAUUAUUGCCGUCACCAGAACCCCUCAGGUGGCCCGUCAGUCUCAGCUGUUAAGAGGAGUGUUUCCUGUCCUCUUCUAUCCUCUGCCUGCUCCCGUCUGGGCCGAUGAUGUAGACAACAGGGUCAACUUCGGCAUGGAUAUAGGGAAAGCGAGAGGAUUCUUCAAGUCGGGCGACAUGGUGAUUGUGGUGACAGGCUGGAUCCCAGGGUCCGGUCACACUAACAUUAUGAGGGCAGUCAGUGUCCCCUGACAACCUGACCUUACUCGACUCUAUAUCUGACUGAUGUGCAGCCUCUACGACGUAGAAAUGUGAUUGGAAAAACCUGAGAAACACCGCUUUAAAUAAAAGAAUAAACACUGUCACUAAUAGAGUAAUUGGCAGUAUCAUCAUUGUUAUCGAAACUUAAGGAAACACCUGCCACCAGAACUGCUCUGACAAAUGCUGAAUUUGUUUGUGUCUUGAAAGCGAUGACUCCCUCCAAAUAAAACUU